AUGGAUCCCAACUAUCCUGAAAGAGGGAGAGCCAUAGAAAAGGAGUUUGGGUCACAAAAUUUAGCAAACUUGAUGAUGGAAGAUGAAACUGACGUCGAUGGUAUCUGGCGUAUGUAUAACAGAGCGAAGGAUUCACUUCCAUUCAAAAACCGGAUAGAGAAUUUGACGUGGCGUAUGAUGUACUUACGGCAGAAGGAAACCGAUGAGGAAAAUACACAACCAGAUGCCACUAAUGACAAUGGUAACAAUAAAUACAGCAAUCUGAUCUUAUAUAACAAAUCUUCGUCUGCAUCAUUACAUGGCGAUGAUAACAUUGCAGAGAGCAAUAUGAACAUGUUGAGAAACUCGACUUCUAACUCACCGAAUUUGAAUCCCGUUGCUGACGAAUUCGACUACGUGGCUCACAUACGCAAGAUGGGUCAAGUCGACAAUGCAAACGAAUCAAAUAAUUCCUCUGCUGGAACAAAUACAAAGAAACGACCGGCACCAUUUUCACCAGCAGCUGGCCCUCAAAGUCCACAGCCUUCACUUCAAUCGAAUUUAUCUCUCUCUUUGAAGCAAUCGCAAAGACAAGGAGAACAUCAUGAUUCGGGGUUUGAGUUCUAUUUGGAUCCUCUUGCAUUCGAUGGCCCUAGUAGUUCUUAUGAUAUCCCUAGUCGAGACAAUUUUGAAGACUGGAGUCUGCAAAAUAAUGCUACAAGUGAAACUACAAUUGGACCUCAGUCUGUACCUUCAAGCUCCCUUAUGAAAGAAAAUUCAUUUGUUAAUAUUCCCGAUCAAUUAGAUAGAUCUUUGACUCAUACUCCAGCAUUCCAUCAUACAAGCUCCUAUACUUCUGUUGAUAAUUUCGAUAAUUUUACUCAAGGUCUACAAACUGCUGCUCAGUCUCCGAAUGUUUAUCAAAGCUCAAACACAGAUUCUUACUUUGAUAAUUUCAACAAUAAAUCGUUCCAACAAUCCAUAAUGUAUAACUCGAACACAUUCAGCAAUGGAUCUCUUGAUAAAAAGUUUUCAAACAAUUUACCAAAUUCCUUACCGGCAGCUUCGAAUAUGCAAUGGCUCGAUCUGGAUGAUAACAAACCUUUGAGACCUAUAAAUAAAAGGACAAAAUCUAUCAAGUCAAAGAAGAAGUCAAUGUCUCCCGAUCCAUCUAAAUCAGAUAUGAACGCAAACACAUCUUCAGUUUCAUGUACGAAUUGUCACACGAAGACGACACCACUUUGGAGAAGAAAUCCCCAGGGACAACCCUUGUGUAAUGCAUGUGGGUUAUUUUUAAAGUUGCAUGGUGUUGUGAGGCCUCUAAGUUUAAAAACAGAUGUUAUUAAAAAGCGCCAAAGAGGAUCGAACACAACUAAAAAAUCAAUUUCAGGCAAUGGCGGAUCAUCAUCUAAGGAUGGAGACGAUUUAAAUCCGACUAGCUUUAACAAAGAUAUGAAUGAUAUGAAAAUGAAUCCGUCCUUGUUAAAUUCUGCAAAAAAGAAGUCAAGGGCUUCACCAUCACCUACUAGGAGACCCACUACUCCUAAUUUUUUCAAUGUUCCAGAUACGACUUUCUCAAAUGAUAAUAUUUCCCCUAAUACAGCAAUGCAUUUCACCCCCAAAGAUUAUUCGAACCAGCAUGAUAGACAGAGCAAUAAUCAUCCUACCGGUGCUAGUCAGAUACUGUCAGAUGACUUUAACUUACAUCCUAUUCAUGAGCUAGAUCAUGAACAUGAAAUAAUCAAUCAUUUAAAUACUCAACAUCCCGUUCCUGAAAGUCAACAUCAAUCUUCUGACGAAAACAACAAUAGUAACAACAACUGGGAUUGGUUGAGUAUGACCCUAUAG